AUGCUACGAGAGCAAGAGAUUCCCCUUCCGGCGGCCCCAAGUCUCGAGGCGCCAGGCCCGCAGACCCACAGACCCGCAGACCCGCAGACCCGCAGACCCGCAGACCCACAGCAGACCCGCAGAGCCACAGACCCGCAGACCCACAGACCCGCAGAGACCGCAGACCCGCACGACCGCACCGCAGACCCGCAGACCCACAGACCCGCAGACCCGCAGACCCGCGCCCAGACCACAGACCGCAGACCCGCAGACCCACAGACCCGCAGACCCGCAGACCCACAGACCCGCAGACCCGCAGACCGCAGACCCGCAGACCCACAGACCCGCAGACCGCAGACCCAAGACCCUGACCCAGCCGCAGACCAGACCCACAGACCCGCAGACCCGCAGACCCAGACAGACCCACAGACCCGAGACCCCAGACCCGCGACCCGCAGACCACAGACCCGCAGACCCGUCCCGCGACCCGCAGACCCGCAGACCCGCAGACCAGACCCGCGACCCAGACCCGCAGACCGCAGACCCCAGACCGCAGACCCCACAGACCCGCAGACCCGCAGACCCGCCGAGACAGACCCGCCAGACCCGCAGACCCACAGACUCCGCAGCCGCAGACCCACAGACCCUGACCCGCAGACCGCAGACCACAGACCGCAGACCCGCAGACCCCAGACCCACAGACCCGCAGACCGCAGACCCGCGCGCCGCUGUUCUCGUGGCUCUCCGCGCCCCGAGGAAGAUGAGUAUCAGACCUAUCAGCAAGCACACGAGUGGCACACUAUUCCUCCCAUCCCUCGGCCUUGUUACGGUGCCACACAAUUCCUUCGAUCCUACGACAUUGCCACACCAUACCUCCCAUCCCUCGAUCCUACGACAGUGCCACACCAUACCUCCCAUCCCUCGAUCCUACGACAGUGCCACACCAUACCUCCCAUCCCUCGAUCCUACGACAGUGCCACACCAUACUCCCAUCCCUCGAUCUACAACAGUGACACACCAAUACCUCCCAUCCCUCGAUCCUACGACAGUGCCACACCACUCCCAUCCCUCGAUCCCUACGAAACAGUGCCACACAUAACUCCCAUCCCUCAUCCCUACGACAGUGGCCACACAUACCUCCAUCCUCGAUCCUACGACAGUGCCACAACCAUAACCUCCCACUCGAUCCUACGACAGUGCCACACCACACCUCCCAUCCCUCGAUCCUACGCAGUGUCCACAGCCACACCUCCUCAUCCAUCGAUCCACGACAGUGCCCAACCUCCCAUCUCGAUCCUAACGACAGUGCCACACACAUACCUCCCAUCCCUCGAUCCAUACGACAGUGCACAAAAUACCUCCCAUCCUCGAUCCUACGACAGUGCCACCCAUACCUCCCAUCCUGUCGAAUCCUACGACAGUGCACACCAUGCUCCAUCCCUCGAUCCUACGACAGUGCCACACCAUACCUCCCAUCCCUCGAUCCUACGACAGAGCCACACCAUCCUUCCCAUCCUGCGAUCCUACGACAGUAGCCACACCAUCCUCCAUCCCUCGAUCCUACGACAGUGCCAGAGCCACCAAAGAUCAGUCACCAUACCCCUCGAUCCUACGACACUCCGCCUGUUUCUCGAUGUAUGCGGAAAGGAAGCCCAAAUGCAGUCGGCCACGUAUAUAUUCCGGCCGCAGAGCUAUAGCAGAAGUGGCCGGCGCGCCGGUUCGGAUGCAUAUUUGAUGCGCUCGGGUGUUGUCAUAAGUAAUACACCUUGCUGCUUCAUCGCUUCAACUUACAUUUUCCAAACGCGCCUUAUCUCCAGAUCCCCCAAAGCACGCGUCCCGGCGAGGCGCUCCGUAAUAGAGCGCUCUCAGGGAAUAUUCGCCCAGCGUGCCACUCUGCCCGACGCAGCAGCACCGCCGCAGAUUACGUCUAAUUCUUGCCAAAGGAAAAUUGCAACCGAUGCUCCAAAUGACAAGGAAGAAAAUGCCUCGCGCUGGGAAACUGUGGAGGCAUUUCGGGGUAAACAGUUAUGGUCUAAAACAAAUGCGCUACACAUCAAGGUUUUAGAACAUUGGGCAUCUUGGGUGCUUGGAUGCUUGUAUCGCUAUGGCCACACAAGCAACCUCACAUACUGGGCGCUUGUUCAGGAUCUGGGAACAGUGUCGCGCGAGGACUGUUGUGUCGUCUGUGUUAUGACUCGGUCUCUGAGUUGA